GAAAAUUAGACUCAUUCACAACUCACCCUAAGAAGAAAGAUCAAUAUUGCAUUUACACAAAAACAGGCGGAUAUAAUGUCAUUUAUAGAGACUUUAACUCACUGCUGACCAAAUCGGAAUACGUUUUAAACACUUUCACCCUAAAUUAAACUUUGGACUUAAGUUCCACAGAAGGGUGUGACUGGGUGAGAAAAUGGCGUCCAGCUCGUCUCUCCCAGAGGAGGAUCUCUCCUGUCCUGUGUGCUGUGACAUCUUUAACGAUCCUGUCCUCCUGUCAUGUAGCCACAGCUUCUGUAAGGACUGCCUGCAGCAAUACUGGAAGCAGAAUGAAUCACGGGAAUGUCCACUCUCUAGGAGAAGAUCUUCUAAAGAAAAGCCACCAUGUAACUUGGCUCUGAAGAACCUGUGUGAGUCCUUCUUACAGGAGAGACGUCAGAGAGCUUCAGCAGGGUCUGAGGUGCUCUGCAGUGUGCACAGUGAGAAACUCAAGCUCUACUGUCUGGAGGAUAAACCGCCAGUGUGUUCGGUGUAUCGGGACUCUAAACUACACUUCAACCACAGAUUCAGACCCAUUGAUGAAGCUGCACAGGAUCACAAGGAGGAACUCCAGCCUGCUCUGAAGUCCUUACAGGAGAAGCUGAAGUUCUUUCACAAAGUUAAACAAACCUGUCAUCAAACAGCAGAGCACAUUAAAAUCCAGACCCGGCAAACAGAGAGGCAGAUUAAGGAGGAGUUUAAGAAGCUUCACAAGUUUCUACAAGAGGAAGAAGAGGCCAGGAUAGAUUCACUGAGGAAGGAGGAGAAGCAGAAGAGUCAGAUGAUGAAGGAGAAGAUUGAGGGGCUGAGCAGAGAGAUAUCAACACUUUCACACACAAUCAGAGCCAUAGAGGAGGAGCUGAGGGCUGAAGACAUCUCAUUCCUGCAGAAUUACAAAGACACAGUGAAAAGAGCCCAGUCCACUCUGCCGGAUCCACAGCUGGUCUCAGGAGCGCUGAUAGACGUGGCAAAACACCUGGGCAACAUAACCUUCAGAGUCUGGGAGACGAUUGUGACAUACACUCCUGUGACUCUGGACCCCAACACUGCCGACCCACACCUCAUCCUGUCUGAAGAUCUGACCAGUGUGACAUACAGUCAGGAGAGACAGCAGCUUCCUGACAACCCAAAGAAGUUUGAUUACUACGGAUGGGUCCUGGGCUCUGAGGGCUUUAACUCAGGGACACACAGCUGGGAUGUUGAGGUUGGAGACAGUACAGUCUGGUACCUGGGUGUGGUAGCAGAGUCUGUCCAGAGGAAGGGGGUCUUAUGGGGUGGAGACUGGGGGAUCUGGUUCUACCAUGGUGAAUACAAAGCAAGAUCUUCAUCAGCUCUGUUAACUGCUCUUACAGUGAGACAGAAACCUCAGAGGAUCAGAUUACAGCUGGACUAUGAGAGAGGAAAGCUGUUAUUCUUUGACCCUGAUAGAAACGCACACCUACACACAUUCACACACACCUUCAUUGAGAGAGUGUUUCCUUACAUUGGUAAUCGAUGCAUUCUGCACUCUCUGAGGAUCUUACCAGUGAGGGAGGGAGAGAAGAGACAGAUAAGAGGGGGAGAGGAUGGAGAGAGGGACGAGAGGGGGAGAAGGAGGCCAGCGUGA